CCAAAAAUUGUGUAGCGGGUGAUUAAAUGAUGCGACAUAUAAAGUAGGGAAAAAUGCACGCAUAACAUGUCAGUAUCAUUACAACGAACGGAACAAGGCAUGUGCAGUAUUUGAAGGCCCAGUCAGUUUUCCAGGAAUGUGGGCUGGUGAUUGACCGGAAACUUCUGGCAAAAAAUGGUCAUUGGUUUCUGAGAUGGACAAAGAAAAUCAAAUCAAUGUUGCAGCAAUAAAAUGUGGUAUCCUUGAAAUAGAGACAGAGGCAAUAAAACAACACGCAAAACUUAUUCAACUGAGGCAUGAGAAUAACAACCUUCAGGCAGAGUUAGAGAAAGUGGGUGCAGAACUGCAAAAAACCAAGCAAAUGAAAUUGACAUUAGAAGGUGAUCUGCAGUAUCAACAGAUGCGUCUAUCUGAACUUGAAAGACAACAAGUGAGCAGAGAAAAAUCACUGCAGCAAUCUAGAGCUGAAGCACAGGAACUGCGUGUACAAAUGAAAACUGAGAGGGCUUUACAAAUUGAAAAAUUGAAAUGUUACGAGAAAAAAAUGGCACAUCUGUCAAACUUACUUACUGGUGCGCCUGAAACCUUUGACCGUGAUGUUAUCUCCAAAGAAGUAGCAAUUAUGGAAAUGAGAGAGACUGAGCUGAAAGAUGGAAUUCAAAACAUACAAGGAGAGAUACAUGCCUUGAAAGAAAACUGGGCUUUGUCUGGUGACAGAAACCUUUCUGCUUUAGAAAAUGUCAGCUCAUUCUUAACCAAGGAUACACAGGCGAUUCAAACAGAGACUGAAAGGCUUGAAAAACAUUUUCUGGAACUUAUGAAAGAAGAAAAAGAACUAGACUCAGAACUUGAAAUCAUGCAAAGAAGAAAUUAAGAACUUUGAUUUCUGAUCAUAUUAAGUGAGUCAUGUGUAUUUGCUUAGGAAUGACUCCAAAGGAUUAAU